AUGACUGAAACACCGCACAUCAAGAUCGGCCUCUGGGACUAUGUGGGCACGACGCCCCCACCUUUCGGCCAUCCCAUGCGUCAGUUCUGGGCAUUCGAUCCGAAGUACAUCAACCUGAACCAUGGAUCGUUCGGAGCACCGCCGACGCCUGUCCAGAGCGCCGCGAAUGUCCUGGCGGACAUCAUCGAGGAGAAUCCAGACAAGUUCUUCCGCAUCAACUGGUACCCGAUGCUCAGCUCCGUGCGCGAACGCCUCGCCAAAUUCCUCGGUGCGCGCAAGGAGGAGAUCGUGCUCGUGCAGAACGCAACGGUCGCCGCAGCGAUAGUGCUCCGCAACUUCGUCUGGAGGGAGGGCGAUAUACUCAUCGGUGCGACGACUACAUAUAUGGGAGUCUUCAAGAAUAUCGUACAUGUGUCCGACACCAACCCCCAGCUGACGGUUGCGAACUUCGAGCUCAACUUCCCGAAGAGCAACGAGGAGAUCUUGAAGGACUUCAAGGCACACCUGCGCGCAAUACCUCGAGUGGCCGCGUCCCCCGCCAACCCGGACCCCAAGGUCGUAUGCGUGAUGGACAGCAUAGUCAGCAGUCCGGGCAUCUUGCUGCCAUGGCGGGAGAUGGUGAAGAUCUGCCGCGAAGAGGGCGUGUUCAGCGUCGUAGACGCUGCGCAUAGCAUCGGACAGGAGGUGGGGGUCGACUUGGAGGCGGCACAGCCGGAUUUCUGGUUUGCGAAUUGUCACAAAUGGUUGUAUGCGAAGCGCAGUUGUGCAGUGCUUUAUGUCCCGAAGAGGAGCCAGCAUAUAAUCAAGACAGGCUUUCCUUCUUCCCACCAAUACACUUCGGAUGGCUCACUAGUGAAGUCCGACUGGAUGAACAAAUCAGAGACGAACGGCGAUGAAUGGGCAGUCCCUUCACCCCACAUAGCGAUGGACUUCCGCGAGUGGGCCGGCGGCGAAGAGAAGAUCAACUCCUACUGUCGGGAUCUCGCACGCGAGGGCGGCAAACGCAUCGCAGAGAUCAUGGGCACCCACGUCGUGGACGAGUCGCCCGACGCCGUGCAGACACUGAACAUGGCCAACGUCGAACUCCCGCUGUAUGACGUGCCAGCGGAUAAGAUCGAAUUUGCGCAGGGGGUCUUCCGCGACAGGCUCCUGCUCGAGUACCAGAUGUACGCGGCGCACUUUUACCACAAUGGCAAGUUUUGGACGAGAUUGAGCGCGCAGAUUUAUAACGAGCUCUCGGACUUCGAGAAGUUGGGAGAGGUGUUUCUGAAGGUCUGCAAGGAGAUUAAGCAAUCUAUAGACAAAGAGGCCAAGGCGUCGGCCGAGCCUUGA